CAUGACAACGAGUCCGCGCCCCGCGCACAGCUGCUGCUCGGGCGGGACCCAGGCUGGACCGCGGGCCCCGGCCUGGGGGCCACAGCUGCCACCGCCGCCGCCACCUCGUCUCCUCCCCGUCCCCGCCCCGCCCCGCGUCUCCUCGUCUCACUCGGGCCCGCGGCCGGGGUCCCUCCCCGCCGCCCCACCCCGCGCGGAUGCCGAAGGUGAAAGCGCUACAGUGCGCCCUGGCGCUGGAGAUCCGCUCUCUUUCCGUGGAGUGAUUUGUCUCACAAUUGUGCUACAGUUAGUUCCCUUUGUACACCUUCCUGACCCGUUUUCCUUCUUCCCUUCCUAGAGGUAACUUGUCCAGGAGUGGUGCUGAAAGACAAGGAGGACAUCUAUCUUAGCAUCUGUGUGUUUGGCCAAUACAAAAAGACACAAUGUGUCCCAGCCAAUUUUCCACUGGUCUUCAAUGCCAGAAUGGUGUUUGAAAAGGUGUUCCCUGAAGCAGUUGACCCUGGAGAUGUGGUUGCACAGCUUGAAUAUGAUACAGCAUUGUUUGAGUUGAUUCAACUAGUUCCACCAGUGGGUGAAACACUGUCUACAUAUGAUGAAAAUACACGAGAUUUCAUGUUCCCGGGUCCAAACCAAAUUUCUGGACACCAUGAUUCAAACCGCCAGGUUACCAUGAGGAGGAUUUCUGGCCUUCGAGGAAUUGCUCCAAAGCUGGAAUUUUCUACAACCUCAGUGAUUACUGAAUGUCUGAUAAGUUCAAGGAAGUGCCGCACUCAGGAUAAAUUUAUUUACCAUACGGCUCCAGUUGAAAAAUCACACGGCAGACUGCAAACCAGAACAUCAAGAUCACAAAAGAAAAAAUCCAAGUCACCUGAGAGAAAUAAAUAUUGCAUAAAUGCAAAAAACUACGAACAGCCUACCAUUUCUUCAAAAUCACACUCUCCAUCUCCCUACACAAAAAGACGCAUGUGUGAGCUAUCUGAAGACACCAGGCGGCGGCUGGCCCAUUUAAAUCUGGGACCCUAUGAAUUCAAAAAAGAAACAGAUAAACCUCCAUUUGUGAUUAGACAUGUCGACCCCCCAAGUCCCAGGGCUGAUGCUUUAUUUGGAUCUUCUGGCAGAGACUGUGAAAGAGAUGGAUGGUCCAGGAUGCACAACGAUCAUGCUCAUCUUGGCUGCUACCGACCCAAGGAUUAUAAGGUUAUCAGGACACCCCAUGGGAGAGACUUUGAUGAGUCUUUGGAAAGGUGUGAUGAGUACUUAAGCUCACGGUCAUGUAGCAAGCCCCAGCAUUCAGCAAGGACCUUACUUGUCCAUUCAGCACCCUCAACGAUGCCAAAGCAUUCUCCAAGCCCUGUGUUAAAUCGAGCUUCUCUCAGGGAAAGAUUCCAUUCUGAUUGGUGUUCACCUUCAAACUGCGAUGAGAUCCAUGACCGGGUAAAAAAUGUCUUGAAAUCACAUCAGGCUCAUCAAAGACAUUUAUAUGAUGAGAGAGAUCCAGAGAAAGAAGAUGAACUGGAACUGAAAAGAGGUCUUUUAUACAGAGACUCUGCUUAUGACAGUGACCCAGAGUAUAGCUCAUUUCAGCAGCCACGUGGCCCUCUCCAUUUGGAUGAUGGUGAAUACUGGUCCAACAGGGCAGCCUCUUAUAAAGGAAAAUCCCACCGACCCAUCUUUGAGAACAGCAUGGACAAGAUAUACAGGAAUUUGUACAAAAAGGCCUGUAGUUCUGUUUCUCAUACACAGGAAAGCUUCUGAGACCAUCCAUGAUAAACUGUAUGGGUGUCUGUGUCAACUUCUCAAUGAAAAUGUUUGAUGUGAUCAAUAUCUGUAUUCUUUUUUUUUAAACAGGUGGUUCUGAAUAGUUAGAUGUGAAUAAGUUUAUUGCUUCAAAUGGUAAAUUAUCACAGGCAGUCCUUUUAUUUUUAAUCACAGACGAGAGUGCUCUGUUCUAAAAGUCAAAGCUCUGCACCAUAAUCACAGCUUCCAAUCUGAUUAUGAGAAGGAUGUUCUGCCACAUAUAGCUCAUAUCUCCAUCUACAAAUCCCAGAAUAGAUUCUCUCUAGAAAUGGUCUGCCUUAAUCACCUUGUGAUUUUCUUUUCAUCUGCUUGAUUGGUUAUCUUGUAUAAGAUUAAUAUGGACUCCUUUUUCUUGGUAAUGAGCAAAAAAGAUAUACUAUACAGAAAUUAGUUUCCUAAGUUUAAAACCCGGAUUUUACUAGUAUUUUCUACUUAGUUCUCCUCCCCAAAAAAGGCUCCUUGUACUUCUUAGCUAAUAAGAAAUAGGUUUUUUUUUUUUUUAAGUUUAUAUAAUCAUCCACUUCCUCUUCUUUAAAAGAACUAAGUUACCUACAAUACGGUCAGCUAGAAAUAGCAGUGGCCAUGUGUGACCCAAAAUGUGAAUAACUGAUUUUUAAAAAUAGAGUUCUUUGCAUGAUUUUCUUUUAAGGUCCUAUCUCUUGGUGCAACCAGAUUCAGAAAAUAGCUUUUGUUAGCACGUAGAAACUCAGAAAGAAUAAAGGGAUUAUAUUGUAUUUAAAACUCUUUAGAGUUUUCAUAGGUACCAACUGACCCAGGAAAGUAGUAUCUUUACCUAAAGGACACUUUAAACCAUAAAGGGGAGUAAAAUAUUAUACGGAAUGCUUUGUACUGGAAAAUCCGGUAGUUGAUAAAAUUAGCUCCUCUCUACCUGCCUUAUCCACCCCUGUGAGGCCAGUGAGUCUUUGAAGAUAUGAAGAAAUUGGCCACCUCGUAUUUAUCAGAGUAAGUGGAGGGAAAGUAGAGAAUAGAAAAUAAGUAAACUUGGCUGACAAGCUCGAAGAGUUGACUACAAGGUACUAUUCUCUCAUUGACUCUACCUAUGGUUAGUUUUACAGUUAUGAUUUUAAAAAGAAAAAACUGAACUCCAUUUAAGUUGAAAUUAACAUGUAAAAUUGAGUGAUUUGUUUUGUAUUAGGAGAAAAUAUGUAAUAUUUGUUAUAUAAUAAUAGGAUUUUUAAACUUCAUGUUUAGAGUGUUCUGGCAUGGCAAUUAGGGAUGUAUGGGAAAGCGCGCCAGAGAAAGGGGCCAGGAGGCCUAGGCUUUAGUUCCAUCCUGCCAUUCUCCUGCUGAGUCUCUUUAAUUCUCUGGGCCCAACUCUCCUCAGCUAUCAAAUGAAAAGAAUGAAGUGGAUCAGCAUUUCCUGAAACGUUCUGUGGACUUCUAGUCUAAGAGAUGGCUGUGGGCAUAUAGAUACAGAUGUUUCAUUAGUCAUAUAAGCUGAGGAGACUCUAUGCAUGAGAUUCACACUCCCCAACUUAAAGAGUCAUAAGUAGGAAGGCAGGAGUGAAAGGCAGUGCUAUCGAUACUGGAACAGCCAUUCCAGACAGAGCUGUCUGGGCAAACUAGCAUGUAUGGCUGAUAGAGUAAACACUGGCUUGUUGGAGGCACUAAAAUAUCCUGGCAUAACCCUCUUUCACUCUAGCAUCUGGUCUGGAGUCUGACACAUAAUUAGUGCUCAUUAAAUAUUUUUUGAAUUAGCCCAGAAUUUCCUAAGUGAGCGUGUAGCAGUAUUUGUCAUUAUGGCGAUCCUUCCCCACCCAUCCCACCCCCUCAGCUCCCCACACUCCCUUUCAAGUAUGCCGUCCUCAGGUUCAUGUAGACACUGUCAGGGAAGUAGUACACUACGCAAUCAUGGAGUUACCCCCUGGCUGUAAGUUGUAGGAUGGCAUUUUGUACAAUGAGCUUUUGAAGGUCAACAAUGACUAAUGCUUUUUUUGUUUUUUAAUA